AUGCCAGAUGAGAUCAAAUCGCAUUUUACUUUCAAUGAUCUUUUGGCGUUGUCAAAAAUGUUUCGUGGAAACGAUUCGGAUCAUUUCAGAGCAAAUAAUCCUAUUUGCAAUACUUACUUAAUACCUUGUUACUCUACGAGGAAAAUCCCGAAUCACGUGUUUGGAUUUACGAAUUUAUCUUUGAAACUAAACAAUCGUGAAAUUUUAGAAGAGGUAGAAUAUCAUGAAGUUUUAGAAGAGGUAGAAUAUCAUGAAGCUUUGGGUGUAUUAGACCAUCACGAAGCUUUGGAGUGUUGGACAUUAAGAAGCUUUGAAAGUGCCGACCAUGCUUCCGACCUGGAGAUUUGGGGCCAUCUUGAAGAAAAUCUUAAAUAUAAAUCCAUUAAAAUUGUGUUCAAGAACCGUAACUCAAAAUGGUUGCUUUGUAUUCGUAGACCUAAAACGAGAACCGGGACUGUUGAUCCUGGAGUCUAA